CUGAAUAUCGUCAAAAUUGAUGAUUAUUUUUUGGAGGAUUUUCAUUUUAACAUAAAAAAUUUUUUUCUUAGAAUUUUGCUUUGGAAUUAAUCAUAAAAAAAACAAUACAAAUGUUUUGCUAAAAUCCAUAAAAUCAAGCUGAAAGUGUAGUGUGUAAUUUAAUAAACCUCUCCUUAGGAAAUAAAUUUGUUUAAACACUUUUCUAGCAGUCGUAGCAAAGGAAAAAAGCCACAAAAGAGCAGAAACAAGAAGAAGACAAUUAUUGAAACGGUGAAGCAGCAGCAGCAGAAUGAGUUCGUCAACGACAACCCGCAAAGAAACGGAAAGGACCAAACUAAUACAGGAAAAAUGUCAAACAUUAUUAACACAAAUGCUAAGAGAUGAGGACAACAAAUACUGUGUAGAUUGUGAUGCCAAGGGACCACGUUGGGCUUCAUGGAAUUUAGGCGUUUUCCUAUGCAUACGCUGUGCCGGCAUUCAUCGUAAUCUCGGCGUACACAUAUCACGUGUAAAAUCGGUAAAUUUAGAUACAUGGACACCGGAACAGGUCAUAUCCCUGCAACAGAUGGGCAAUUCAAGAGCACGAGCUGUAUACGAGGCUCAGUUGCCCGAUGGUUUUCGACGUCCACAGACCGAUACCGCUCUGGAAUCCUUCAUACGUGCCAAAUAUGAGCAUAAGAAAUACCUGGCUCGUGAAUGGGUGCCACCAUCGCCACCCAAAGUCGAUUGGGCUAAGGAAAUCGAUGAGGAGCUGGAAAGGCAGAAGCGUAAAAAGAAAGCUGCUCAGGCAAAUACAGCUCUGGGUAUUGGUGUAAUAACGGGCAGCGCCGAUAAGAAAUCAUCAGCGUCCAAGUCGUCACCCCUACCAGCGCCAUUGCCCAAACCGAAACCGGGUCAGAGCGGCAGUAGUCCUAAAAUUCAACGUAUUUCCAUUAGUUCUACGGGCGCUGAUAGCAAUCAUAGCAAUGAUCUGUUGGGCUUAGCCUCGCCAACGAAACCAGUACAGACAUCGAUGGCUGGGCAGCAGUCAUCGAAUAUUAGUGACUUACAAAAUGAUACGUUUAGCUGUUUUUUGAGUGCUACUCCGGCUGUGAAUGAUACUCAACAAAUGACCAAUAAUGCAAACGCCUCGCAGAAUUCAUUGGCCAAAGAGGAAGAAGACUUUUUCAAUCAGGGCUCAUUGGUUAGUUCGGGCGACAAAGACAAAUCAGGGAAACUAACAAAGGAUAGUAUACUGGCAUUAUAUGGACAGGCUCCGCCCAAUCCCACGCCGGCCAUGAAUUUCCUACAACAACAGCAGCAGCAGGUCAAUCCUCAGACUGCAAUGUUUGGUGCCACAGGAGCAUUUACCGGCAUGGCUCCCGGUGGUUUCAUGGGUGCUGGUGGGCCAGCGGCCAAUCAGCAUCAGCAAUUUAUGACACCACCCAAUUCAGCCAGCAUGUAUAAUGCCCCCGUAAUGACCGCCCCGGCCGCCUUUACCGCUCCCGGUAUGUCGGCCAUGCAUAUGGGUGGUGGUGGCGCCGCUGCUAACGCGGGUUUUGCCGCCCAAUUUCCUAUGCAAACUGGUUUUCCACAAACUCAAACAAUGGGUGGCAUUAUGGCGACCGGUCAACCUGCUGGUGCAAAUCUCAUGCAUUCGCAUAAUCAAAGUCUCAUGACUAGUUUAGCUGCAAACCAUGCUCCGCUAAUGUUUCCCGGCAUGGCGCCCACUAUGCAAACCCAAACGACCUUUAAUCAUCAUCAGGGUUUGAUAGGUGGUUUUCCUAUGGGCGCCAUGGGUACAAACAGUGCUCAGGCUAAUAAUGCGGCAACCACAAGUUUACAGCAACAGUUUGGUAAUCUUAAUAUCGGCAAUGUAUGGCAAUAAAUUUAUAGAUUUUUAAACAAUUCUACUUAUUACGUUUCCAAAAUACUUAAGAACUUGCCGUUAAAACGAAAACUAUGACUAUCUUGAAAGAAAUCCUCUACUCCUCCCCUAAAAAAUUAAAAAAGAAACAACAAAAAUGUUCGCCCCCACCCUGGGAAGGUUGAGUUGUAGUUGAAGAAUGUUUUGUUUUUCUUACAUUCUUGCACUCGGAAGUAUUAUUUAACAAUUUAUUUGCUAUAUAUAAAUUAUCAAUUAUAUUAAAUGGUUUUAAUAAAGUUUUCAGGGCUCCCACACUCUACACCUCCUCCUUUCUCAUUCUUCUCUUUUAAUAAUGUAGUACGAAACAAUUGUUUAUAUUAUUAUUCUCUUUACAAUAUAAAGGAAUAUUUAUGCAUGUUAUAUUUAAUUUUGCUUUCUUAAAAACGAAAACGAAGAAAAAAACAAUGUCUCUAACCCCCUACCCCUCUCCAAACUCUUUUUAAACAAAACUUAAGAAACUUAAUACAUAAUCUUGUAAAGGUUUAAUUAAUUAAAUUAAAGAUAAACACAUAAUACAAAAUUAAGUAAAUUUUUAGCUUAUACAAAGGAAAUAAGAAAAGAGCGUUCUUCUAUCUAUCACUCUUUAAAAAAAAUUAUUAUUAAAAAAAAAAUACAAAAAUCUUGAAAUAAUUUCUUAAUGAAAUGGUAAAAAAAAAAUAAUUUGUUUUGAUUUUUUAAACAAGAUUAUAUUAAUAAUUAUAAAAAAAUGUAUAAGAAAAAUUAAUAUAUUAGUUAUAAAAUAAAAAUAUUAAAAAAUAUACAAAAA